AUGUGCAAGGUAAAUCAAGUCUCUGUACGGAGUACGGAGUUGUACGCUUCAUUCAUGUCACCACCGAAUCACAUCAAACCUAUUCUUCAACACAAUACGACCGACGCCUCCGAAAGCAAUGACAAGGCACCCCAUCUCUCCGAAACCUAG